AUGGCAGCUCCAAAAAAACGCACUUCUAUAUCAAAAAAAAGGAUUCGGAAAACAAUUUGGAAGAAGAAGGCAUAUUGGGUAGCAUUGAAAGCUUUUUCGUUAGCGAAAUCUCUUUCUACGGGGAACUCAAAAAGUUUUUUUGUGCAACAAAUACAAACAUUGGAAUAA